AUGAAGGAGUUCCUAGCCAAAGCCAAAGAAGACUUCCUCAAGAAAUGGGAGAACCCCUCCCAGAACACAGCCAGUUUGGAUCAGUUUGAUCUAAUCAAGACCCUGGGCACGGGCUCAUUUGGGAGGGUGAUGCUGGUGAAACACAAAGAGACCGGGAAUCACUAUGCCAUGAAGAUCCUGGAUAAACAGAAGCUAGUGAAGCUCAAACAAAUUGAGUACACCCUCAACGAGAAACGGAUCCUCCAGGCCGUCAACUUUCCAUUACUCAUCAAGCUAGAGUAUUCUUUCAAGGAUAACUCUAAUCUGUACAUGGUGAUGGAAUACAUCCCGGGCGGGGAGAUGUUCUCCCACCUACGGCAGAUCGGGAGGUUCAGUGAACCUCACGCCAGGUUCUACGCUGCUCAGAUCGUCCUGACCUUUGAGUAUCUGCACUCGCUGGAUCUCAUCUACCGAGACCUGAAGCCAGAGAAUCUCCUGAUAGACCAGCAGGGCUACAUCAAGGUGACGGAUUUUGGUUUUGCCAAGCGGGUGAAAGACCGAACCUGGACUCUGUGUGGGACCCCAGAAUACCUGGCCCCAAAUAAAUAUUGGCUAUCGGGGUGA